AUGAACUUCUUGUUCAAUUGGCUGCUUACGAGUUGGCUAGCAAGAGCUUGUCCUAGCUACGAUAUGCUAUUUAUAUCCGUUUAUUAGAUUUAAUCUUAAGUGCGACCUAACCGAGAGCAAACUUGUUAAAAUAAUUUCUCCUUCUCUCUGUUACUUUUAAAUUUUAAGAAACACAUUGAUCGAACAAAAAUUCACCGUUCAACAUUAAGUUGAGAAGCUAGUUAUCGAAAAGCACUGAAAAAGGAAAAUAGAUUUUUUUUGAUGAUUAUAUUUGCAAUUAAUUCGAGAAUAUUUCGAGACGAUUCAAAGUGGAAGAUAUAAGAGGCCGACGACCGUUCUUGUGUUGCAUCAUUAAGUUUCAAUCGUUCAAAGAAGCGGCACCCAUUUUCUGUGUAUACCUGUUAUUCGUCACCAAAAAACGAAGUUCUUUAUUUUUACGUAAUUGAGAUGGUAAGAAAAAUUCAACGAUCGAAGAUGACGGUUGAAGUUACAGUAACGAAAAGUAAAAGAUGAAAUUAAAAAUUUAACUAAAUAAUAAGUCACUAAUGAACCAUUUGAACGAGACUGUGUUCAUUAUUUAAAAAAGUCCCUUAGUUUUCUAUGGAAAAGAAGUGGUGAUUCGAUAUUUUAAAUUGGAUAAGAAGAAAUCUUCUUAGAAAGAAUUUUUAUAUUGUUUCAGCGUGAGUGUAUAUCUAUUCACGUUGGUCAAGCUGGCGUUCAAAUUGGAAACGCUUGUUGGGAACUUUAUUGUUUGGAGCAUGGGAUACAACCGGAUGGACAAAUGCCAUCAGAUAAGUUUGGCGGCGAUGACAGUUUUAGUACUUUCUUCAGCGAAACUAGCUCUGGAAAACAUGUGCCCAGAGCAGUAUUUGUUGAUUUGGAACCUACAGUAGUUGACGAAGUUCGAACUGGGAUAUACAAGCAUCUUUUCCAUCCGGAACAACUGAUCACUGGCAAGGAAGAUGCAGCAAAUAAUUAUGCUCGUGGCCAUUAUACAGUUGGCAAAGAAAUUGUCGACUUGGUUAUUGAUCGAGUGCAUAAAUUGGCGGAUCAAUGUACUGGGUUACAGGGAUUUCUUAUAUUUCACUCGUUCGGCGGUGGUACUGGAUCAGGAUUUGCCUCUCUGUUAAUGGAGCGUCUUUCCGUUGACUAUGGAAAAAAGUCUAAAUUAGAAUUUGCUAUAUAUCCAGCUCCGCGAGUUUCCACGGCAGUUGUUGAACCCUACAAUUCCAUCCUUACUACUCAUACAACUCUCGAGCAUUCGGAUUGUGCUUUUAUGGUUGAUAACGAAGCGAUCUACGAUAUCUGCCGACGCAAUUUGGAUAUCGAGAGACCAACUUACACCAAUCUUAAUAGAUUAAUCGGGCAGAUUGUCUCUUCAAUAACAGCUUCAUUGCGAUUUGACGGUGCUUUGAACGUAGACUUGACCGAGUUUCAAACGAAUUUAGUUCCUUAUCCAAGAAUUCAUUUCCCUUUAGUUACGUAUGCUCCUGUAAUAUCCGCUGAAAAAGCAUAUCACGAACAACUCUCAGUCGCUGAAAUCACUAACGCAUGCUUUGAGCCAGCGAAUCAAAUGGUCAAAUGCGAUCCCAGGCACGGAAAAUACAUGGCUUGUUGUAUGUUGUAUAGAGGAGACGUUGUCCCAAAGGAUGUGAAUGCUGCAAUCGCUAUGAUCAAAACGAAGCGAACGAUACAGUUUGUCGAUUGGUGCCCCACUGGAUUCAAAGUUGGUAUAAAUUACCAACCACCAACGGUUGUACCGGGUGGAGAUCUAGCCAAGGUGCAACGUGCUGUUUGCAUGUUGUCUAAUACGACGGCUAUUGCUGAAGCUUGGGCUCGUCUUGACCAUAAAUUCGAUCUUAUGUAUGCUAAAAGAGCCUUUGUUCAUUGGUACGUUGGAGAGGGGAUGGAAGAAGGUGAAUUUUCUGAAGCCCGUGAGGAUCUUGCAGCUCUUGAAAAGGACUACGAAGAGGUUGGAUUAGAUUCAACUGAGGUGGAAACAGAUAACAUUCAUGCAAGCGAACACUAUUGGCGCACUAGCUUAUUCCUAGCAUUAAUAUCACAGUUAAUGAUGAAGCAGCAGUUGUGUAUGAUUCUUAAGACUCGUUUGAUAACUGAAGAUGACAUCAUGAAGUGA